UCCUCCUCCUCCUCUUCCUUCCUCCUUUUCCUCCUCCUCCUCUUCCAAUUGAAGGUCCCACCUGGUUGCCAGAAAAUCAGUGAGACAGAAAGACAGAUCAACAAGAGGUUACAAAAAACCAGAGGUUCCAACAAACCCCCUCUGGUCUUUUAAUUCAUUUGGUAACCAUGAAGACCACUCUUUCCCCCUCCUUAUCUGGGCACCUGGUGAACCCCCAAGUCCCCAUGCCAUCAUCGUUGCUGCUUUUCCUGCUGUUACAACUGUUUAGUCAGUGCCCCGCUGCUCCCUCAGGGCCUGAGUCAGACACCUGCUCCACUCUGGUUCAGAGCCGAUUCUUCGGCCACUUCCUGUCCUCCUCCACUUUCCCCACGGCACCCUGCUCCUGGACCCUGCAGAACCCCGACCCGCGCCGCUACACCAUCUUUAUCAAGGUAACCAAACCUACCUCCACAACGGACUGCAUUCCCAGGCAGCUCCGCACAUUCCAGUUUGACUCGUUUCUGGAGACCACCCGCACCUACCUGGGCAUGGAGAGCUUCGACGAGGUGGUCAAGCUGUGUGACUCUUCAUCCCCUGUGGCCUUUCUGGAGGCUGGGAAACAGUUCCUACAAAUGAGGAAAGGGCCGCCACGGGCCGGCAUGGAGGUCACCACCCCUAACGCUAGCGAAGAUGGGGAAUUGAAGACAGAGUACCUGGUGGUGGGGAAGCGUAACCCCAGCAUGGCAGCGUGUCAAAUGCUGUGCCAGUGGCUGGAGGACUGCCUGGCAUCCAGCACCUCUAGCAGGCCCUGUGGCAUCAUGCAGACCCCCUGCCAGUGCUGGGAGCCUCCUCCUCCUCCACAGCUCAGCGAGGGGGAUGGAUGCUACAGGAACGGGUUCUACCUGGAGAACUGCCUACCCAGCUCCAAUGAGAAGAGUGAUACUGACAGCAACGGUGGCUGGAGUGUGUGGGCGGAGUGGAAGGAGUGCAGCAGUGACUGUGGUGGUGGCGUUCAGACCCGGAGCCGUACCUGUCAAUCUCCCCCGGAGGAGAUGUGUGAGGGAGUAGUGGAGGAGGGAAGGCCCUGUAACCCUCAGCCCUGCAGUGGCAAAGGCCGUCAUCUCUCUCGCAGCCAAUCACUUCGCUCCGUGGACAGCCGCAAGCGCGAUGGCGGCGGUGGCGAGGUAGACAAGACGCGGGGCGGUGGCGGCAGACAGCAGGCCCCACAGACAGUGGACCAGGCUGCGUCAGGUGAGGAGUGGUCGUCGUGGAGUGUGUGUUCGGCCACGUGCGGUGAGGGCUGGCAGAGCCGCACGCGUUUCUGUGUCUCCUCCUCCUACAGCACCCAGUGCAGCGGCACGCUCCGAGAGCAGAGGCCCUGCAACAACUCUGCCGUCUGUCCAGUGCACGGGACUUGGGACGAGUGGUCGCCAUGGAGCUUGUGUUCGUCAACCUGCGGCCGUGGUUACCGGGAUCGCACGCGAAGCUGCAAGCCCCCUCAGUUUGGGGGAGACCCCUGUAUGGGGCCGGAGAAACAGACCAAGUUCUGCAACAUCGCUGUCUGCCCAGUUGAUGGGGUGUGGAAUGAGUGGGCUAAUUGGGGUUCAUGCUCUGCAUCCUGCUCCAACGGGACCAUGCAGCGCAUCAGGGAGUGUAACGGACCUUCGUACGGAGGAUCAGAGUGUCGCGGGGAGUGGAUAGAGACCAGAGACUGCUUCCUACGGGAGUGCCCAGUGGAGGGAAAGUGGCAUCCUUGGACGUCGUGGGUGGGCUGCACCAAGACAUGUGGCGGGGGGAGCCAACAGAGACAGAGGAUUUGCUAUGGGCCCUUCUUUGGGGGUGAAAAUUGUCCUGGAGAUCGGGAGGAGGUGCGACGCUGCAAUGAGAAGCGGUGUCCAGAGCCUCAUGAGAUCUGUGCAGAAGAGAACUUCUCCAACGUAGUGUGGAAAAUGACUCCAGCAGGGGACACAGCGGCCGUACGCUGCCCUCCCAAUGCCAAUGGGCUGAUCCUGAGGCGGUGCACUCUGGAUGACGAGGGAAUAGCCUACUGGGAGAACCCCACUUAUAUGAAGUGUAUCUCCAAUGACUACCGCAGCAUCCAAACACUGACUCGGGAACACCUGUCCAAGGCCCAGCGGGGGCUUGUGGGGGAUGGAGUUUCAGAGGUGAUGACCAAGCUCAGGGUGACGUCCAGCGAUGGGACCAGCUACAGUGGAGACUUGCUGGCCAUAGUGGACGUACUGAAGAACAUGACAGAGAUCUUCAGAAGGGCCUACAACAGCCCCAGCAAUGCAGACAUGAGAAACUUUGUCCAGUCAGUCAGUAACCUGCUGAUGGAGGAGAACAGAGAGAGAUGGGAAGAAGCACAACUGUUGGGUCCUAACAUCAAGGAGUUGUUCCGGUUGGUGGAAGACUUUGUGGACGUCUACGGUCUUAGGAUGAAAGACUUCCAGGACAUGGUUGAGGUCACCGAUAACUUAGUUCUGUCCAUCCACAAGCGUCCGGUGGCGGGUAACACAGACAUCAGCUUCCCUAUGAAGGGCUGGAAGGGGAUGAUGGACUGGGCCCGCAGCUCUGAGGACAGAGUUACUGUCUCCAAGAACAUCCUCUCCACAGGCAAGCCAGAUGCAGAUGACUUGUCAGCGUUUGUCACCGGGAUCGUUCUCUACAGAAACCUGGGCAGCAUCCUAUCUUUACAGAGAAACAGCACCGUGCUCAACUCUAAGGUGGUGUCUGUGACCAUCAAGCCCACCCCAGGAUCCCUCUCUACCCCGGUGGAGGUCCAGUUCUCACACCUUUACAAUGGCACCACAAACCAGACCUGCAUCUCCUGGGACGAGAGUGACACCUCAUCGCUGCUCGGAUCGUGGUCUGCCAGGGGCUGCAGAGCCGUGCCUAUCGACUCAUUCAGCACCAAAUGCGUGUGUGACAGACUCUCUACCUUCGCCAUUUUAGCACGGCUAAAUCCUGACAUGAACAUGGAUAAAAUGCAGCUUCCCUCUGUGACGCUGAUGGUGGGCUGUGGAGUCUCCUCUCUCACCUUGCUGCUCCUCAUCAUCAUCUAUGUGUCGGUCUGGAGGUACAUUCGCUCCGAGCGCUCCGUCAUCCUCAUCAACUUCUGCCUCUCCAUCAUCUCCUCCAACGCCCUCAUCCUCAUUGGUCAGACGCAGACACGGAACAAGGUGAUCUGCACGCUGGUCGCUGCUUUCCUGCAUUUCUUCUUCCUGUCGUCGUUCUGUUGGGUUCUGACAGAGGCGUGGCAGUCAUACAUGGCCGUGACUGGCCGGCUGAGGAACCGCAUCAUCCGCAAGCGAUUCUUGUGUCUGGGCUGGGGUCUACCUGCUCUGGUUGUGGCAGUCUCUGUGGGUUUCACCAAAGCUAAGGGAUAUGGCACCGUCAACUACUGCUGGCUGUCUCUGGAAGGUGGUCUGCUUUAUGCGUUUGUGGGACCGGCUGCCGCUGUAGUCUUGGUUAACAUGGUUAUCGGGAUUCUCGUAUUUAACAAACUGGUGUCCAAAGACGGCAUUACUGAUAUGAAACUGAAGGAGAGGGCAGGUCAGAUGACAGUACCACUGUACAAUAUGACGCUCAAAUGUGCCAAGUGCGGAGUUAUCUCGUCGGCUGACGUUUCUACCACAGCUACCAGUAACGCCAUGGCGUCGCUGUGGAGCUCCUGUGUGGUUCUGCCUCUCCUGGCCCUCACCUGGAUGUCUGCUGUCCUGGCCAUCACCGACCGACGCUCCUCCCUCUUCCAGAUCUUGUUCGCUGUGUUUGAUUCGCUGGAAGGCUUCGUCAUCGUCAUGGUGCAUUGCAUCCUGCGCAGAGAGGUUCAAGAGGCAGUGAAGUGUCGGGUAGUGGACCGCCAGGAGGACGGGAAUGGAGACUCAGGGGGAUCUUUCCAGAACGGACACGCUCAGCUUAUGACUGAUUUCGAGAAAGACGUCGACAUGGCUUGCAGAGGAGGUACUCUGAAGCGUUCCUCUCUCCAGGGUGAUGAGAAGCCAUCCUCCCAGCCCCUGACCCUUCAGAAGGGCUCUAACUUCAACACCAUGCCUGCCAGCAUGGCCAAGGUCCACCUCCAGAAUGUGGCAGACUACCCCAGUCAUACUCUCACCUUGCGCAGGGAGAAGGGUGGCGCCACCAAGGGCAUCAGCACCGAGCUGCCGGGAGCCAAGUCCAUCUACAUCUGUGACGGGGAGCUCUUUAAACAGCUGGACGGGGAGCCGUCUCCACGGGGGACAGGGGAGGCCGGGGGGCCUGAGGGCACAGGGUACAUUAUCCUGCCUAACAACAACAACACUGGCACCCUGGGGCGGCCCGGAAAGGGCAGCAAGGAGGACACGGCGGCCAAGUACAACAUCAGCAUCGAGCAGCAGAUGCCCCAGACCAGGCUCAUCCACCUGGCCAACUCGGCGGAGGUGGAGGGCGUCCCGGGUUUCGCGCUGAAGAGCCUGCCUGCAGACCUGGUCAGUGUCUCCUGCUCGGAGAGGGAGUCGCCCAUCCACAACAUGCAGAACAUCUCCGGAGAAUCCCACAUGACCAACAGCAUGUGUGAACAGGGUGAUUCUGGAAACUCUGGAAUGAUGUCCAAGAGCGAGACCGUGUCCACGCUCUCCAUGAGCUCCCUGGAGAGACGAAAAUCCCGCUACGCGGAGCUGGAUUUUGAGAAGAUCAUGCACACACGGAAGCGUCACCAGGACAUGUUCCAGGACCUGAACAGGAAGAUCCACAGUGCAGACCAGGACAGGGCGUCUCCCCCUGGCGAUGGGAAGGCAGGGAAGAGGUGGAGUGUGUCCUCAGCAGGCAGCGACAAGACCAUCAUGAGCGACAAGCAGCAGACACCCAGUAAGAGAGCCUGGGAGGGCAUCAGGAAGACCCAAUCUCCCCCGUCAUGGAUGAGGAAGGACCUGGAGCCCUUGGCGGCCUCUCCCCUGGAGCUGCAGAACGUGGAGUGGGAGAAGGCCAGCGCCACCAUCCCUCUGGUGGGACAGGAGCUCAUGGACCUGCAGACAGAGGUGUGAGACUGAGACAGAGAGACAGACGGAGAGAGAGAGACAGAGAGCAGCCAACCCCGUCCCCCAGCCCAGCUCUCAGACAGACAGACUUCGUCCCUUCUCGCAGCUCCACAUCUCAAUCUGGGAACCAACGACCAACGAUCAAUGACCUACGAAACGGGCAGUGGUGAGAGAGAGAGAGAGAGAGAGAGAGAGAGAGAGAGAGAGAGAGAGAGAGAGAGAGAGAGAGAGGGGCUCCUUUAUGUUAGGACCCAACUAAGAGAGAGAGAAGGGAAGGGCGAAGGGACAAUGGCCUGAUAAAUGGGGGGAAUGAAAACAGGUUUGCGGUGCAUUUUGUUAUGUUUUCUUAUUGCUGCUGGAAUCAGUUUUUUGUUUACUAUGUCAGAAAGUCAUAUAUCUGGUCUGUUAUUAUCCACAUUAUUACUUCACUGGACACAUACUUGAGUCCCUCUCUCCUCCUGGUAGAUCUCUGUGGAUGGUGAGCCAUGUUUGGUAUUUGGGUGGUGUAGGUAGUGUAGAUUAAAAGGACAGACUGCAACUGCCUAUGGACUCUUCACCAGCCUGCUAACAGAUCACCUGGACCAGCCAUACAGUUCAUGUUCCAACCAAGCCUUUAGGCAAUGGACCUGGUCUGGACAAGACCUUCACCCAACAUACAGUACAUGUUCCAACCAAACUACAUGUCCAGUACAUGUCCCAAACACGCCUAGGCAGUGGAGGAGGCAGACUGCUGGACCAUAACCAUGUGCCUCUCCAUGCCAACUAAGAGCC